GUUCUCUCUCUUUCCCCUCCCCUUUACUUCGGAAACCCUACCUUGUCUCUCCCGCCCCGCCAUCCCCAAAAUUACCUGUUUGCUAAAACCUAGCUAGCUCUUACGAAGCCGAUCGACGACAAUGACGAGCUCUUUGGAUAUGUCCCUCGAUGACCUCAUCAAGAAAAAUAAGAAGCCGGCCACCGGCGGCAGCAGCAGCAGCAGCGGCCGGGGGCGGGGGAGAGGGUCCGGCGGCCCCGCUCGCCGAUUCCCAAACCGGUCCGGGAACCGCCCCACCCCCUAUUCGAUGGCAAAGGCACCUGACUCGGCGUGGCAGCACGAUAUGUAUGCGAAUCAGACGGGAGGUUAUUCGGCUCCGGCGGCGAGGGUUUCAGCUAUCGAGACCGGCACCAAGCUCUACAUCUCCAACUUGGAUUAUGGUGUCUCCACCGAGGAUAUCAAAGAACUCUUUUCAGAGGUUGGUGAUCUCAAACGUUACGCGAUCCAUUAUGAUAGGAGUGGAAGAUCGAAGGGAACGGCUGAAGUGUUCUUUUCAAGGCGGGUGGAUGCUCUAGCUGCUGUAAAGAGAUACAACAAUGUGCAACUUGAUGGGAAGCCAAUGAAAAUUGAGAUUGUAGGAACAAAUAUUGAGACACCUGCUACUGUGCCGCAGAUUUCAAACGGGACUUUUGGAAGUAUUAAUGGCGCCCCCAAAAGUGGAGCUGGGAGUGGUGGCUCUACAGGAUGGCCACGAGGUGGUGGUGGCCGUAGACGGGCAAGAGGCCGUGGACGAGGUAGAGGCCGUGGUAGCCAGAUGACUUCUGCAGAUCUUGAUGCAGACUUGGAGAAGUACCACGCAGAGGCAAUGCAAAUCAACUGAAAGCUUGCGCCUUGGUGCUUUGUGUGUUUCCUCUACUUGGUUAAUUCUGCUCAAAAUUUGCAUAUUUAUAAUUGUGUGACUAUAGGGACUUUAUGGAGGGGAAUCACAACUCUUUAGUAUUGUUACUGGUAUGUGGGACUCGGUUUAGCUGUGGUUGACUCGUUUGGAUUUCAACAUUAUACAUGUGUUAAAUGGACUAGUGAUUGCCCUUUAUGCAAUCAUGUAGUUUAGUCAGCUUUCUGCCACAGAUCUUCAUGCUAACUUGGAGAAGUACCACACACAGGCAAUGCAAAUCAACUGAAAGAUCUCGUCUUGGUGCACCGCAUGUUCCAACCAUUUGGUUAAUUCUGCUCGAAAGUAGUCUAUUUCUGUAGUUGUGUGACGUUAGGAAGGGGAUCAUGACUGCUUAUUAGUGGGCCUUGGGUUUUACUGUUGUUGACUCUUUCUAGUUUCGGCAAGAUACAUCUGUUAAAUGGAUAACUUGUGAUUGCCCCUUAAUCAUGUAGUGUAUUUGAUCUUGCUUCCUUUAGAUCCAAUCCUUUCAGGACGCAACCAAGAAGACAUGUGUUGGAGGUGAUUACUUUUUAAAGUUGUUAUCAUGAGUAAUCUGAUACAUGUGAAUCUGUAAUUUCUUCUGUAACUUUGCAGGCCAUAGUAUCUUUAUGUUCUCUUUUGACAUAUUGAUGAUGUAUCUUGAGUUUGUUGUUUUAAGUCUGAAAGCUGACACUUAAAUUUC